UAGUUCAUAUUUCAACCCGUUCAAGGAAUAUUUCAUGAACAGGACUACAACUCCCAAUACGCAUGAAUGAUGUGCAACAAUGAAUAUCAGUCGAAAAAAGAAGCGCUUUUUUCUGUCGAGUUUCUCUGGAACAUGUUGGGGCAAGUACUGAAAGAAUCGAAAGCUAAACUUGUAUUUCACCCCGAACUACCUCGAAACUUCUUCAACUUUGUAUUGUUAUAUACAUAACAUAGUCCCCUGCGCAUGUUUUUUUUGCCACAAUUGCGAGAAUGUUUACUCUUAGCCGUGUUUUUUCCUCUGGAAGCAUCAUCGUCUUUCAAAGCACCGCCCUCCCAGUGAGCUACUUUUCUGCCUGUCAUUGCCUGACAUAUCCCAAAAAGAACAGUCCUUACAGUGCAGUGGACAGUGAACGCUACUCUUCUCUUGUGAAAGCUGUCAUGACAUCUAGGGUCAGCUCUCAAACUCCAGAGAGCCUUCAAGUGGAGGACGAGCACAUUUAUGGACCUGUUGUUAAAGCUCAGAAGCUCUCAAGACCAGAGAUGAGGGAACCCAAAACCCUCCAUCCUUUCCUUAACCCAGAACGGAUACUGGCCACAGAUGAAUCAGGACCACCAGUCCGAAUUCAUCUAAACCGAAGCAAAUCUUUUGCACCCAGUGUGACGAGGAUUCUUCAACAGACACUUUCUACUGAACAGAUGUUCUACCUGGACAGAUGGAAGAGGAGGAUGGUCGCUGAGCUGGGAGAGGAAGGCUUCAAGCAGUACAGUCAAAAUAUAUUCAAACAGGGAAAGCUUUUCCAUUCGGCUCUGGAGCACAUUCUGAUGUCAGGAGUGACAUGGACAUCUGGGACACCAGAGUAUCCACCUGAUGUCCAGGGAUACCUUCAGAGCAUCUCCCACAUUCUGGAGGAUGUCAGGGCAGUGAGAGCGAUUGAAAGCACGGUGCAGCACGGUCCUCUCAACUACCUGGGAGUUGUAGACUGUGUAGCUCGCUACAGGGGUGUUCUGUGUGUCAUCGACUGGAAAACUUCAGAAAAACCCAAACCAUUCCUGAGCAACACUUACGACAACCCUGUUCAAGUGGCAGCCUAUGCAGGGGCUUUAAAUGCAGAUGAAAACUACGAAUACCAGGUUGAAAAUGGUCUCAUUGUUGUGGCUUACAAGGAUGGCUCGCCUGCUCACGCCCACAAGCUGGACUCAGAGCUGAUGUCAGAGUACUGGAAAACAUGGCUGCUACGCCUCGAAGAAUUCACAGAACAAAGAGCCAAUCAGGGAUCAACCACUUCUGCAGAGAAGAAGUAAAUAAAUUCAACGGCAGCUCUGCAAAAACAGGAAUUUGAUUCUUAAGCAGUUGAAAAUGACUUCUUCCAGUCAUUCUGCAAAACUAAGCUUUUAAUUUAACCAUCAAAAUUUAUUGAAUCCAAACCAGACUUGUUUGUCAGAUGGAUCUUCAGUGAAACCCAUGCUUGUAAAGAGCUGGUAGGAGACCGCAUUCUCCUCCUCCACAAAGCAGUAGACGGGGUAGCCCUGAGCCUUCAGAGUCCUGGCCAUGCUGCUGAUCACAGCUUUGGCGUAGCCUUUCCCUCUGUGCUCUGGCAGAGUAUACAACAUCCCCAUGGCACAACACGCAUAGGUCAAGAUCCAAGACACCGGCUUCCCCUCAGGAUCCAGCAUGCAGCGCGAAGGGAAAUGGGCAAUCAUGUUACGGAUCAUUCCGAGAGUCCCAUCAUGCUUCCCGAACUUCCAGGUCUGAUUUACCAAGUCAAGGUGAGAUUCAUCGAGGGAGCUCAGGGAGAACCCUGAGGAGAACCCUGAGCUGUGGGAAAGAAGAGCAAAGGACUGAAAUGUAGAAAAAAAUAUUCUUCGAUGUUUGUUUUUAAUAAAUAAAAACCAUGUUUUUAAUAAAUAAAAACAAUGUUUUUAAAUGAUAUGUUGUACCAGUCUAUAGAGGGAAGCCUGGAUUCAUCCUCCAGGAUCAUCACGUGACACUCUGAAAGUUUGUUGCUGGGCACAUUCUUCUCAAAAGCAACUGCUUUGAUAAUUUCCAUGUGAGAACGGUUGGUGCCUGGAACAUAAACAGCACUGCUUGACCAAAAACAUCAUUAUAAUUGACACUUUUGAUUUUGCUCUGUUUUGAUUAUUUGGUAGGUAUUUUUCAGUUAAGUGAAAUUAGAUCUUUGACCUCAUAACCGUAUAAGGUAAAGUCAUGAAGUAAACCAUAGAAACAUUAUGGUAAAGUAAAUAGCAUGUUGGACUUUGAACUCAAUAAAAGACAAUAACAUCCCGAAAA